GAUCAUCCGACCCUUCUGCUUCCAUUUUACUAUCUCCAUCCUUGCGAAACUGCCACACUAAUGACGUCAAUAGUAAGUGAUUCAAAAAUAGACAAUGAUAAACUACAAGUGAUACCUUUAGAAGGCUAUAUUAGGAGUUGGUUAAGUUUGGUUGGUUCUGUUGUUGGUGUUAAA